AUUUGUCUCAUUUGUCUCAUAGUGUGUGUCUCAGUCUGUGUGUGUGGCGCCAUUGUGUGUGUGCUUGCUUCAUUCAGCGUUCCUUCAUUCAGCAAAUCCCCCUCCCUCCCUCCUUCCCUCCCUCCUCCUCCUCCUGCUACAGAGGUUAUUCCCAUUCCUCCUUCUCCUCCUUCUGCUACAGAGGCUAUUCCCAUUUCUCCAACUCCCCCUUUCGCUCUGUCAUUUGCCGUCUUGCAAUGUACUGAGAAUCUGGUCGAGCCCGUUUCCCUCGAAGUUCAUCUAGUUUGUUUGUGAGUGGACUUUCAGUUUUGAAAUUAUGGGGAACUGGAUUAGCAAGAAGGAGCCGCCUCCGCCGGUGGUUUUGGUGCCACCUCUAUUGGAGCGUCCUCAUUUUGCCACUCGGUCCAGGAUGACAGAAUCGUCAUAUGACCUAAUGUUUAGCAAGUUGGCUCGGGCCCGUCUCUUUAACAUGUACUUUGACGAGUCUCGGAAUAUAUUGGCCCAUAUUGUCUUGCAACCCGCUGACGAUCCAAAUGUUGAUGUCACUGCCCGGGUGCUAGCUCCUACUGAUCGAGAUACUAUGGAUUCGUUUGAUGGUGAGGCUGUAUUUCGGUGGCAGCGGGAUGUUAUGGACCCUGAUAAUUUUGGAGAUCUUUCCAUCUCCAGCGUUGGCAGUCCGAUGAAAGUACGAGCUUGUAUGUUCGAUACCAAAAAGGGACUUGGAGCGUGGACUGUGCUACCUCUCAACCCAACCAAGCUGGGAAGAGUUGCAGACAAUGUUGUACUGGGAGCUCGUUAUGCUACGCAUCAGUUUACAAUGGGCACUAGCGUCUCUCCACUUCAGUGGUCUGGAACUCCAACAAGUCAAUGGGUCCCCACUUGUGCUUGGGCUUGUGGAAAAUUGGGGCCUAUUACUAUGGGCGCUCAGUUCAAGUCUUUAGGGCAGAAAAGCUUUGAGAAUGGUAGUUGGAGCUAUGCCAUUGACUAUGGUGUUGGAAGCAAGAGUCCUUUGGAACCAUCGUUCAAUUUUUGCGUAGAACUUUGUGACAACUCUAAGCUCAUUGCAUCUUACUACCAUCAUCUGGUUGUCCAAAGAAGGGUGAAGAACCCAUUUGAAAUUAAAGAGGUGGUUGCUAUCACCAAUUACGUGGAUCUGGGGUUCGAGUUCGAGCACACACUGAAAGCAGAUGUGACACAAUCUAAUGAGGCCAAUGCCUCAGUGGCUCCGAAGGUGCAAGUAGCUGGAUCCUGGCAGGCGAAUAAGAAUGUUCAAGUGAAGGCCAAACUGGGAUCUCGAAGUUCAGGCGUAACCGUCAUAUUGAAGUCGUGGUGGCAACCAUCUGUAACACUUUCUCUUGCAGCUGUUAGAGACCACAAGAUCGGAUUGACAGAUCUCGGGUUUGGUAUACGCGUUGAAAAUUUCGGAGACGUCAGUUACGAGCGAGCUGAUCCCAAUUACGUCAUGUUGACACCCACCAAGCAGCAUCUAGCUGAAGGUCUGUUGAAAGAAACAGGCAAGCGACCCAUGCUGCAGUCAGAUCCUACUGACGUCAAAUCUGUUCCGACUCAAUCUCUUCCUGCUGACCUCCGACCAGAUACCAGUAGCCUCAUGUAACAUGCCCAUAGUGGUCAAUUGGUUUGGUUUAGAAGCUCUCUUCAGCUUUGUAGUCAGUUAAGCUGUUGCAGUGCGGGUGAUUCUGUUCCAUUUGAAAAUUUGGAGUUGAGGACGAGUCCUUAAUUUUAAUUGGAUAUUUUCAGAGAAGAAGAAACGUAUAAACAUGUAUUUUUGGA